AUGAAACAUAUCCUAUUUUUCUCUCUUAUUGUCGGUCUUUCCGUUACCUAUCCCACUAAUGGGAUCAAGAGUUCCGAGCAACUCGAUCUUCUUAUCGAGCAAGUCUAUCCGGAAAUUUCCACUUGGUUGACAAAAGAUCAGAUGAAAACAUUGUUCAAAGAGUUUUCAGUUGUUGUUCGCAAGUCUCGUACUUUGGAAGCAAUGGCAAAAGAAAUGUACAAGCCAAUCCUAAACACAUUGACAGCUGAACAAAAAUCAGAAAGCUGGGAUUCGAUACAAAAAGCACAGAAAGGAUUCGGAGGAUUCCAACAAUUGAAGGUUAUCUUCUUCCAUUCAAUGGAUGCUGUUCAAAACUUUAUGGGUGAUUCCAUGGAGAAGGAUCGAGCUGAAGUUACUGGAAAGGCUAAUGGAAAGACUGAAGAUGAGAAGUUGGCACUGAUUUAUGAAGUUUUCCGUCAGUACUUCAAUAUUGAGUUUGGACAGAAGGUCAUGGACACUGUAAAAUAUUCAAUGACAGAGCACGAUUGGUUGAUUGCCACUGAGGACGCUGCUCAGUAUCUUAAUAUCGAAAACUUCAACCUGGUUUACUAA